GCACCGGCAAGAAGUGGAGGAAACGCCGACUAUUUAUGCGAUCGAUAUCCUAAUCGUAUUAUUUAAUAUUUAUUCAAUUUUAUGCGUUUUAUCGCAAUAUCAAGAUUACUGUGAAGGCCGGGGAACCGCUGAAUACAACUAUAGAAAUCCCAGAAGAAAUAAAUUAAAACAAAUGUUGUGCAAAUCUGAUUGGUGUAUAAUAUUAUUUCCAUUUUACACCCCCUCACUGACACCCUCGAUGGCCCCCUCGUUGUCGCCCUCAUUGAACGCCUUUCACGCAAAGGUCACGUAUUCGUCACAAAUCAAGUCGGACUCGGCCUGCAAGUGGCCUACCAUUGAGACCUCGGAGUCCAAGUGUCACCUCAUGAUACCCAGGAAUAGUCUCAACACCGAGAACUCCUGUGUCACUAGUAUUGAGGAUAUGAGUAAUACGAGCGCCCGGUCCUCGAUAACGACGGCAAAU